AUGGUAGAUGCCAGAUUUCCUUGCUCGGGGCACUGUUGGACACUUGAAAUAUCUAUCACUUUUGGCGGUUUUACGCCUAAGCCUGCUUGUGCAUUAAGCACUGCAGCAGUUUUAUGCCCACAACGUGACCUACGCAAAUUUCUGGCACCACAGCCGGCAACUCUGCCCUUGGACAGGCACACGGGCAAGCAGAUGAACAGACCGAGCGUUCUAGACUUUUCGCCUAUUUUGCGCAGGUUUCGCCCUCUUCAUCCUCGAAGUUAUGACGUUCAGGCUGCGCUAGGAAAAGCCAGUCGACUCGAUGGCCGAGACUUUAUGAGGCGUGCUGUGCAGGCCGAACAAAAAUCGCAUAGAAAAUGCUCUCAUUUUGUUGGUCUUCACGACUGGUGCAUGAAGGUUGCAAAGAAAUUGCUUUCCUGCUCACAAGACGGUCAGGCCUAUAAAAAGCCACCGAAUACACUCCAGCACAACUUGACGGGAAAAAAGCUAUUAAACGCCUGGAAAGCCAUCCCAGCUGACAAAGCGGUGACGAGAUGGCUUUUCUACACAAAGCAGCUGAGUUCGAGUCCCGAUGCUGCAACGAUGGGCCGAGCGGUGCGGCUGCGAGUCCCAGUUGUCCCAUUACCGUUCCAUGAACUUGCCCAUUGUUUGGGGACAUAA